GAGAACUUUCAGGAUUAUCAUAUUCAAUAAAAUCAGCUCUUGUUUUGCUUCAUCCUAUGCUAGUGCAUCCCAAUCAAAUAUCUAUUUUUAAGAGUUCCUCAAUCAGCUGUACUUCUUUACAUAAGAAUUCAGGAGUCAGUGGAUGGAGACUACAUCACAAAAGUAUAAUUUAUGAGUAGCAUUUUUGUAUCACAUGUUUGAAGCUUGUUCAUACUUGCCUCAACCAUUGUCCAGUUUGCUGGUUUCCAUAAUAUAGGAACAAGGUGGCUAUUGACUACUGCAUUCAGCAGAUAAAUAUUUCCUUCAAUGUAGCUGGUGUCUGUGUUGCCUGAUACUGUGAUACUGUGGGACUAGGCUCUUCACAUUCUUUCAACUUACCUUUAAGGCUAGACAGUGGCAGCUGCCUGUGACUAUCGUUUUUGUCCUUAAUUGUGAACUGUAUUUUUCCAGCCAUCCAGGAGGAUCUUUGAAAAAGUUGGGUGUUUUGUCUGAAAAGAUAAUUGCACAAUGAGGAUUUUCAUCGCCUUUGAAGGAUCUGUUGAGCCGUUUGAUGUUUCAGCAGAUGAAACUGUGGAGGCUGUCAAGCUGAUGAUAAAGGAUUAUUUCCACAUUCCUCUCUCUGAAGACAAACAAGGCAGGCGGUAUCUGGAGUUGAUGUAUGCUGGAGCCGCUCUAAAGGACAGUUGGAGUCUUGCUGAUGUUGGAAUAUCUUUCUGUUCAACUCUCAAAUGCUUUGUUAAGAGCUCACCACAAACCAAUAUAAAAACAAAGCCAAGGGGCAGAUCUGGAAUUUUGAUGUGGGAAGAAGAGCAUUAGGUCACUUCAGUGGAACCACAGUGAUUACUGGCAGUGGAAUGAGGAAGGAGAAGAAAUUCUAAGUAACAAUAAGAAU